UGUCUUCGCCAUCCCUUCCGCUUUUAAAACAAAAUGGGUGGCGCCAAAGCUUGACAACAAAGCGGUUGUUUGCUGCCUGCAACCGUCAGACAGCCACAGAGUAAACACAGUCUCUACUGUGAACAACUUUUAUACCCACAAGUCACACCGAGGUGUCAAACAGGAGCUUGGCAGUUUGAAAGCUGUCAAAUGUCACCAUGGCUUCGAAGACAGACCAACUUCUGAUCGUUGUGUCCAUCCUGGAAGGCCGCCACUUCCCAAAGAGUCCCCGGCUCAGUCUAGUGGUGCAGGCGAGCUUUGACGGUGAACAGCUGGCCACAGACCCAGUGGAGCACAGAGAUCAGCCACAGUUCAGCACAGAGCUCGCCUGGGAGCUCGACCGCAGGACGCUGCACCAACACAGACUGCAGAGAACUCCCAUCAAGCUUCAGUGUUUUGCUAUUGACUCUGUGAAUAAGAUGAGAGAGAGUGUUGGCUACAUUGUCCUGGAUCUCCGAUCUGUACAAGAGGUCAAACAGGAGCCUCGCUGGUAUCCGUUGCUGAGCAGUAAAUAUACCAAACAGAGACCAGCCCUCCUUCUCAGCAUGGUGCUGGAGAACGACACCAAGUCCUCUGAACCCUCUCCUGAUAGGUUCAAAGCCAAAAAGGCCCCGCCCCGGAAAGGUUCUCCUGCAGUUACUGACCUGCUCCCAGAGAACCUGGAGGCAACACUGAUCCCAGACCAGGGUUAUCAUCAAGUCGGACCUGCAGAUCACUGCCGUGACAUGUUCAUUCUGUCUGUUACUGUGGCUUUUGCUACCAAACUAGAACAGCUGAUCCCCAGUACUAUGAAACUGUCAGCAGAAGGGUCAGAGUUCUUCUUCUACUACUCUUUACUGAGCAACGACAUCACCAGUGAGCCUUUCCACAACCUGUUGAGCCCUGACUUCGAGCCGGAGCGUGCCUCUGUGCGCAUCCGCAGCAGCAAGCAGAUCCUCCAAACCUUUUUGUCUCAACAGCCCAGUUUACAGAUCCACCUGUGCUGUGGGAAUCACUCUCUGGGCAGCACAGAUGUUUCUCUCUCUGCUCUGGCUGCUGUUUCUGUGGAUCUGGAGAGCAAAGCAGCGACGGUGGAGGGUGCAUUUGUACUCCAACCUCCUAAACGCAUCAAAAAGACUCUGCCGACUCUACCCGCCGACCUACAGCCAACUGUAGGAGUGGCUGUUACUUUGCGGAGGGAAGAGGUCACACCACAGUCUGUAGGGAUUAAAGAAGCCAGUGGACCUCAGACACAGUCCUAUCCUCGGUCUUCUGUCCCUUUCUCUGUUCCUCCUGUUGAACAGAGACCUGAAAGCUCAUCUCCAGUCCGAAAACCUCCCGACUCUUCUCCUGAUCAUCUUCUUCCCCCUCCUUCCUCUCAUACAGAGAGUGAAGCAGAGAGUCUGCUGGAAGAGCUUCAACACAGUAAAAAGCAAGCAGGACAGGCAGCUGCAGAUUUGGAAGUUCCUGUGCAGGUGCAGAUUCAGACUGAACCUACAGCAGAGGGUGUAGCAUCAUCUGUCAGUGUCUCUGCUCCUAAAGUGUCCAUCCCAUCCUCCGCCCAUCACUACUGCUUCUCUCUGGACCUGCGCAGCCUAGGAAGCCUCAGCCUAACGCACCCCAUUGCUGCUAUGCUCAGGUAUUCGUAUCAAUUCUUUGGCAGUCCAGCUCCCAUCAUGACCAACCCUCCUGUGGAGGUGCAGAGGAACAUGGAGGUGUCUCUGCCUCAGUCCUACUGCGCCUUUGACUUUGCCGCUCUGCCACAACAACUACAGGACACUUUCCUGAGAGUUCCUCUGGUGGUGGAGGUUUGGCACAGAGACUCCACCAGCAGAGACCAGCUGAUAGGACGAGCCUCAAUCCAGCUGUCUCACCUGCUGAGCUCUGAGAGGAGCAGAUUACUGGCAUCAACGGGAGAGCAGAGCUGGAGACAAACUCAUCAGGACCAGAUCCCUGUGGUCAAAACACACCGCCCCAGUGAAAAAGUGGCAGAGCUGAGCUAUGUGGCAACACUGGAGGACCUGGGACUGGUCAAAGCCAGAGAAGUCAUCGUGUCUGAGUCUUCACAGACUGAACCUGCAGUCCCCAAACAGCUGCCCUCCCAUCCUGCAGCACCCAGACCUGCUGCUUCCAGCCUGACCUGCGGCACCUCACUGGGCCCCACGGCUCCAGCUGCCCCCAGGGACACCCUGGAGUACCGUACAGCCCUGGAGCUGGAGCUGUGGAAGGAGGAGCAGGAGGAUCUGUUUGAUGAUCAGUUAAGGAAGAAGGAGCUGAGCCACAUGCAGGCUCUGGCAGAGGAGUGGAAGAGAAGAGACAGAGAGAGAGAAGCUCUGGUCAACAAGAAGGAGGUGGAGUACAAUAUGUUGGAGGAGCAGCUUCAGAAGACUCUGUCGGAUCUCGAGAAAAGAGAGAAACAGCUGGCUGAGGCCGAGCUGGAGACCCAGAGACUGCAGAGGGAUCUGCGGGCAGAGCACAGUCUGACCCAGAGGGAGCUGCAGGAGAGCAGCAGGAGGCUGCAGCAGGAUUGUGAUCACCGGGUCGCGCUGGAGAGAGACAAAGUCCGGCUGAUGGAGGAGGAAAGAGCCCGGCUGCUGCAGCAGAUUGCGGAUGGGGAGUCUCGGUACAAGCAGCUGGAGAAAGAGUUCCAGCUCUACAGAGAACAACAGAACAUCAGACCUGAGUUCAGACUGCAGUCAGAGAUCAACCUUCUGACUCUUGAGAAGGUGGAGCUGGAGAGGAAGCUGGAGUCCACCACCAAGUCCAAGCUGCACUACAAGCAGCAGUGGGGGCGAGCCUUAAAAGAGUUGGCCAGGUUCAAACAGCGGGAGCAGGAAAAUGCCAUGACGCGUUUGAAGAAGCAGCAGGCGGAGCUUGAGGCCAUGAGGCUGCGUUACCUAGCAACGGAGCAGAAAGAGGCAGUCCAGCAGGAGAGACAGGAGCUAGACAACAUCAGGAACGAACUCAACAGAUUAAAACAGCAGGAAGAGGACAGAUUAGGCCCAGCCUCAUCCCUGAGUGGCCCUGCCCCCCCUCAGAGUGUGAAUGAGAGCGCUGACGAACACCUGAGUCGCCUGUUGGAGGAGAGAGACACUCUGCUGAGGACCGGAGUCUACACCCAUGAUGACCGGAUCAUCGCUGAGCUGAAUAGACAGAUACAGGAUGCCAUGAGAGACAGAGGGAAUCUCUGACAUCUGCUGGAACUGACCAAUCAGAGACAGUUACACCUGAGACUGCAGGUAAACAGCUGUCAGCAGCAGGUUCAUUUCAAGUCAUUAUUUAUCCUCUCAGACUGCAUUUAGACAAAAAUGCCCAGUGCCAAAUCUUUGUAUGUUUGCAUCCAGAACUUCAUUCCCUUCAGAUUUUGCUGUUGCUGUUUGACUGCUCCAUGUUAGUCUUUAAAGUCUUUAAACCACUUCAGGAGGUCUGACACAAUCAUGUAAGUGUUUUUGUGUGUAAACAAAACCUCUGAGACUUUCCACUUUAUCAGCUCUUACAUUUGGUACAAUUGUUUAAUCUGUGCACAAACACAGGUGUUAAAACAUUUUGAAGGAAAGUUAUGUGCUUAUAUAUUUCUUCUGUGUGCCAACAAAUGAGAUCCAUGUUAAAGGAGUAGUGUGUAGGAUUUAGAAGCAUCUAAUGGUGUAGUUGCUCAUUGCAGACACCUUGCCUUAUCCUCAUCUUCAUGGUCUGGAAACAAUAAAUUCUUCUUUCAAUUUUUGCCAUAUUCUGUAAAUAGAGCCCUCUAAAUCUGACACACUGAACCUUUUAAUUAGUAAGCUUUAGAGUUGUUCAUAGGUGUAUUUUUCACCCAUUUUCUGUGCGAAGUGUUUCUUUAACACUUAUCAGACAAGUCAAAAUUAUAGCAGAGUAUACCAUUAAAUAACAAUGCUUAGUAAAAUAAUAAUAAAAAAUGAAGCUUUUACUUUAACCUCCAAACAGUCAGUGAAAUAACUUUUGGUUUUGUUCUUUACCAGCAAUAUGUUGGUUAAAUAAACUACAACAUCAUUUAGUUUCCUCUUCUAUUUUUCUUUCGCUAGCCAAUUUAGCUUUUUUUUGGGUCUUGCCACACAUUACUUCUGUUUUCCAUGCUUCGUGCUUAUAUAACAGAGCUUUAGAUUUCUGUUACUCUUAUAUUAUUUAUUCAUUAGUUAUUUAUUGAUGUAUUCAGCUGUAUUUUGACAUCUUACUUCAUUCUGUCAGUUUCAAAACUGGGAAACCUGGUGAUAUCUAAAUGUUUUCCAGAUGAAGUUAUGUUGCAUACAGAUUAAGAGUUUUAAUUCUGAAUGCUGGUUGUUUAUUUGUGUAUUUCUGUUGUGUUUGUGUGCUGAAGUGAUUUCUUUUCUUCUCUCGCUCUGUGUGUUUCAGUGUAGUUUUAUGUUUGUUAUGUGCUGUAAUAUUUUUAAUAAUUCUCAGUCAGCAUUCUUUAAAGUAAAACUUUGAAGGAAAAUGUCCUCCUGUCCAUACAGGUCCUGGAAUGAUUCCUUUGAAUGUGAUUCCUAUGUGAAAAAUUUGAGACCAAAUCCAAAACCACCCUGUUCUGUGCAAACAUGACCUUUUAAAGUUUAGUUAACUAAUGAGAUAAAUAAAGUGGGGAUUCUUCAAAAUUGCAAAAUCCACUAGGUAUGGAGAGGAGCAGUGAUUAAGAACCACAUGUGGUCAUUUGGAAACGUGAAACUUUUGUUUAAAGUAACAUUCCCCUGGUUUUGUAUGUGAUGAACAGUUUUAUCACUACCAAAACCAGUUGUGUGGUCCUUUUUUAAUAUGAUUGUUUGAGCAUCGUACAAGUCAUAUCUGAAGCAUUAUUGAACCUGAAGUGACAUAUUUCAAAUCUGAAGAAAAAAGAGGAAAUAAAAUGUUACUAAGUUAUUAGAAGUUGUGUUGAUGAGUUGGUGUGUGUUCUGAUGAGGGUUUUUUAUCUGACAGCAGGUGGCGCUGUAGCCUCAGAAAAACCUCCAAACACUCCUCUGACCCAAGAGACUGUGAGACAUUAAUUUAUUUUUUUAUCAUCAGAGACAACUCUGGGGACUGAACUGUGUUUGUCUGUAAUAAAUUAUUUUGGGAUAAAAUCUGCUGUUUUUUUGUUAUUUUAUAAUAAAGAUCUUUAAUAUAUUUCUGCUUAUUUAAAACGAUUAAUGUGCCACAGGAGAGAUGUUUCCACUGAUGAAUAAAUAAAGAAUUUCUUUUCUAAUCCUUUAUCUUUGCUUUGGUUCAAGCAUAACGUAAACACUGAUAUAUUUCAUUUUUAUUCUUGUUUGAAUCAUUUUUAGUAAUUUUGUUUUUUGGGUUCAAAUUAUAACUUCCAACAAAAAGCCGAAUUGUAUUUUAUUUAAAUCAAAGCUCAAAAAAUGUAUUUAAAUCCCGAGCAUGUCUGUUCG